AUGGAGUGGUUGUUGGAGCAAAUAAACCAUUGGUUGUUGCAAGUUGCAAAUCUAGCCGAGGAAGAAGUGAAGUGGAGAAGAGAUACACUUCCCCAAAAGGGGAAUUCACCAUUUGAGAUCUCUGCAGGUGGGAUUCUCAUGUUUGGAGGCAGGCUAUGUGUUACGGAUGUUGCGGGGUUACGCCGUCAGAUUCUGGAGGAAACCCAUUACUCUCGUUAUUCCGUUCAUCCAGGAGCGACAAAGAUGUGCCAUGAUCUUGAACUAAUGUAUUGCUGGGAAGGAAUGAAGAGAGAUAUAGCAGAGUUUGUGGCUGAAUGUUCGAAUUGUCAACAAGUGAAAAUUGAGCACCAAAAACCAGCAGGGCUCUUGCAAGCAAUGGAAAUUCCAAUCUGGAAAUAG